GUGCUCCUUUUCCAAUGUCCCUAUCACCCGCAGCUCAUCCUGCCCACGGUGCUCAAGGCUUCCUGCUGUUAACACUCAACGAUGUAACGGCACUAUUACCAGGAGUACCUGAUCCCAUCAUCAACCAGCUUGCUUUGGAAUGCGUCACUCUGCCCGAAAAUCCCGCUGCAUUUCUGACGGAAUCGGAGAGAGAUGUCUGGCUAAUUUUGCGAGUAGGACCUCAUGAAAUGGUUAUCUCGCCCACUCAAGUGGUCCGCCACAUUCGUAAAGAGCGAACAUUCAUAUUUGAGAAUGGUACAUCUGCCAUAGGUACCAACAAGAAAUGGACUUUGAAGCUCCCGAAUCCGCAUGCGCCCGCAGAAGUAGAAGACUUGGAAACAUUUGAAGUGAUACUUUCACAGUACGCCGCGGUACAGGAAGUAGAUGCAUAUGGACCUCCACCAGCGUACUCAACCUCUACAGAUCGGCAGACCGGGUCAGUUGAUGCUUCCACAGCGCAGUCUAAGCGGCCGGUGCCCCCACCGCCGACUCAAUCGCAGACAAAGCUUGAAAAGCCUCCUUUACCUCCAAGGACACCUUCCCCACUCCCACAAAACCAGAAAAAUGAAGAUGAUCUUAGAGGCCGUCUCGUACUCGUUGAUGAAGAAGAUGGCGAGAUUGUCGGUAGUCUUGGGGAACAAUUCAAUAUUCGUGAGGAUGACGCCCUACAGACUAAAGGACGAGAGAAAGAUCCCGUGUUCGUUGAAAUACCUUCGGACGAAGAAUUGGCUCGGAGGACGGAGGUGUACGUCCAUCCAGUCCCGAUCGAGCAGCAAGAUAUGUUGAUGAAGACAGCAUCAUUGAUCAGCCGAGGAAUAGUCCUAGCCACUGACGCUCUCACCACCGGAAUGGGUGUCGCGUCCUCGUUCUACAUCGCUCAUACAAAGCCUAAUGAGAAACCGCUCGAAUUUUCCGAGAGAACACGAGGGCACGUCCAGCGCGUCCACAAGAUCUCCGGAAAGGCAGUGGAUGUCACUGCCAGGACAACAGGCCUCAUUCAUGAUGCCAUCGGCAAGGCGGUAGACUACAUGAGCGGUAGCAACAAGGGUAAAGGGAGGGUCGUCGAUCAAUCACGAUCGCAUAUACCACUUGCUCCCGGUGCACCACCCCCUCGGCUUCCUCUUAAGAACAGGAUAUUCCUUUCAACUGACAUGCUCCUCACAACCGUGGAGCAAUCAGCGAAACAGUUGAUUGAGCAAGGUACGCUGCGGGUUAGCGAAGCACUCGGUCAUAAGUAUGGAAACGACAUGCGAGAUGCCUCAUAUCUCGCUGGUCAAUCAGUACGUAACGUUGGGAUUGUGUACAUAGACGCACGCGGCGUUGGACGGCGCGCUCUUCUCAAGAAGGCCGGCGCUCGUUACAUCAAAGCCAAGCUGGGCAAGAAAGACGUUGUCCUUGGUGUUGAUGAACAGGGAAUUGUCCAGGAAUCUCGCCACGAUGCCACUCAUGGACCUUACUCUUACAAUACUGGCACUCCGGAUACUAUGAAGUACAAUUAAAGGGUAGGAGAACCCCUGCAGGACAGGAAACAUUAGGAUUAAUCCAAGUUCACGUGGUCUUUACACACAAAUUCAAUGGACAUUGCUGUUCACCCCGUUACCAACGGAUUUUACCUAUGUAAAAAGAUCACCAACGUCACCGAGACAAGGUUUGAGGGUACAAGGUGUCCCAAAGACCUUCUCCAUGGCGAGGUACCAUCUCUAAGGCAAGUCAAGCGACUUAGGCCCAUGCAAAUUAAUACUCGAAAACAACCUCAUUCGUACCGAGGGCAUCUGUAGGUAUCAAACAUUCGGUAUUACACAGAUACAAUCUCCCCAUUCCUUUAAGGGUUUAAGGUGUUAACUUGAUCGGCUAUACACGCUUCUUUGAUGUAACACGCUUGGUCAAUUGUCCUGCCCUCCAACUCAAUCUCCCAACAACACGUGCAUGGCCAAAGUGGUGAUAAACACUAUAGAUAGUAUUGCCGCAGUACAACACUUAUGCCGCGGAGCCUACGUAUUCGCGGGUCAUUAUCCC